CGGGGCCGGCGCUCAUGCCGACGGUCUUCAUGGUGGCCGUCUGCAGUUGCCCCGUCGUAGCGGGGAGCCUCAAACUUCGAGCAACGCUCGAUAAAGGUGCCAUUGGUGGGCAGGCGCUCUUGCCAUGUGACACGGUCUUGGUCAUACCCACCAGGGGCCGUAUCCAGCACGAGGCCAACACCGGCCUCCCUAACGUAGAUUGCGUUGGUUAUUGCAUCAUGCAAAUUAGCGGGCCGCAUGAGGUAAACCUGCUGGUAGACAUCGGGAUGUAGGCCAUGAAGGAAGUUGUACAUGUAAGUGGGGUCGCAGGCCGGGUUGAUGUUAAGCUGGGCCACCAGACUGCGGUAGCGGUCGGCAUACCGGCGGACACUUUCAUUCCGACCCUGUCGACAUUUGGAUAGGCGAUUGAAUAAUUCUUCCAGGCCGGGCGCAAAGCGCUCAAGGAACAUGGCACGGAACUCGGGCCAAUCCCGCAUGUCACCAUCAAUGCCUGAUUCCCAGGUCUGCGCAUCGCCUGACAGGCGGCAGCGUGCGACAAGCAACUUGUCGACAUUGGACCAUUGGAAUACACGAGCGUGACGCUCAAUCUUAUCAAGCCAUUGGCGGGGAUCGUCCUGCCGGGGGUCGAAGAUAGGGAUAGAGUUCAGGCUAGACGGGGUGACACCGAAGUGCUCGUCGGCCAUGUUGACGGAAGCAGGGGUAGAGGUGGAAGAAGACGUGGCGCGAGAUUGCGGUGGCGGCUUAGAGUCUCACACGGCGUAGUUUGCCGGGUGGUGUUUGAGGUGGCUUAUAAAUAAACCAGGGAGGCGGAAGCAGAGUGGAAGUAAUUAAGGAGUGGAAGUAGAUGGAGAACGACGGGAAUUACCAAUUAGAAGACGGUAGGGCCCAGAUGGCCGGUGUUGUGAGAGGCACAGGCGUCACGGAGUGCGGGGCCUGAGCAAGAGACCUGUACAGUGAGUUUUAGGUUGAGAUAGAACCCAACCGGAGAGACGAUGGAGGUGGAGGAGAAAGAUACCACGGGAGAGGAUAGAGAAGGAGUAGGGAGGCACCAACCGAAGGUUGGGGCAGGGCCUAGAUAGCCGUUUUUGUGAGAGGCACAGGCGUGUGCGUCACGGAGUGCGGGGCCGGAUGAUAGGCCUGCACAAGGAGCUGAGAACGAGACCGGGUUUCCCCGCGUCUCGAUACCACAAAACCCACCACACAAAAAUUAAAACCUUUGGUGCGGUGUGUAUGGAGGGGCCAAGGACCUUAUAACCCGCCUGUCACGCGUGUGGGGACGGAGUGACAAGCCUGCGCAGCACUGCUUCCACUGCAACGGUCUCGUUCUGUGUUGGCUCCGGUGUUAUAAGACUGUAUUGAUGAGGCCAAGGUAGACCAGAGAGUUAUCGAGAUAAGGAGGAGAAAUCGAGACUAAUCGAGAUGCGGAAGCGUAGCGGAAUGUUACGGGGAAGGUACCAAGCACGGGAACCACCUGCGUGUCAACGGCUGACACGAAAACCGCCUAAGCCGUGCCUUCAGCCAACCCGGGGAAAAGGGCUGGAGAGAGAGGGGGAAAGGAGCCGUGCUGCCGAGCUGGGGUUUGCUGGUCUUAGGCACUAAGGCUGGCGCGCAGGGGCGCGAGGGGAAACCAAGGGAGGCUGGCGCCCAAGGGCGCAAAGGGAAGCCAAGGAGAAGCUUGCGCACAGUGGCGCAAGAGGCGAAAGGGCCAAGUAAGCCAAGCAUAUGACUUACAGAGGGGAGGCAGGGAUCGGGAUCGACCAGGUACU